UGUGCGCACAAAACACUUCUUUGUCGCUUUCAAGUGACGUCACAGAAGCGCUACUUCAACGUAUAUUCGACAUUAGCGGCCUGCUGCCAAACUAGCGCCGUAAUUUUUUUGUACCCCCAUUUUGGUGUAGGAUUUAUCGCAACACCAUGAAACUAGUCAGGUUUUUGAUGAAGCUCAGCCACGAGACGGUCACCAUCGAGCUGAAGAACGGCACCCAAGUCCACGGAACCAUCACCGGUGUUGACGUGAGCAUGAACACGCACCUGAAAGCGGUGAAGAUGACGCUGAAGAACCGGGAGCCCACCCAGCUGGAGUCGCUGAGCAUCCGCGGCAACAACAUCCGCUACUUUAUCCUCCCCGACAGCCUGCCGCUGGACACGCUGCUGGUAGACAUCGAGCCCAAGAUCAAGUCCAAGAAGAGGGAAGCGGUGGCUGGCAGGGGGCGGGGCAGAGGGAGAGGACGCGGCAGAGGACGGGGACGAGGCCGAGGGGGUCCCAGAAGAUGAUGGCCACGCUGGAGGAUCACUGCUCUCCUGCUCAAUGUUUUUGUACAGGAUUUGUUCUUUCUUUGUGAUUUUUUUUUUUCCCCACCUCCAAUUUUCUUGUUCCUUAUUUUGUACAUUAAAAGGCUCCUCGAGCA